AUGCCCGCGCCUAGUCAUCCUUUCCGAAAUACAGAAAGCCUUCUUGUUGUCAUUCCAGACGAUGGAAUUGACGUCGAAGCAGAAGCACGAUUGUACGAUGAAUUGUGUGACGAUCAAGUAUCCAUUCACCCAUCCACGCGGCCCAAAUCCCCUCAGGGACCACCCUCGAUUUUCUCUCGCGACAUCUGGUUAAACGAUAACUCAGGCACGAGUCUUGCUUUUGCCCGAAAUGUGCAUAUCGCGGGGUGGACGAGCGUAGGUGAUAAGCUGGGUGGGGCUUAUGUCGUGUAUGAUUGUGUGAUUCACACAAAAGAGGGUACUACUAUCCACGCACAUAAGCGGUAUAGUGAUUUCGUGCUGUUGCACGAUGCGCUGAAACAUUCAUUACCUAAACAUCAACACCAUUUCAUCCCAGCCCUCCCACCGAAAUCUCCCUUCUCACGCUACCGAGCAGCUUUCGUCGAUCGUCGCAGGAGACAACUACAGUACUGGCUCUCCGCAGUUCUCCUCCACCCCGAGAUUGGUGCAUGUCAGUCUGUAAGGUGGUGGGUUAUGGAUUAG